GGGAGGAGACCAGCAGCUACUGAGGAAGAAGGGGAGAACUACUGACAUAAAAAUGAUUGGAAGAUAAUAAAUUCACUUUAGUUAUUAGGAUAUGUCCGUUUCUUUUGCAGAAGUUUGCUAAUCACCUGACUUAAUAGGGAUCAUAAGCAGUGUAAAAAAUCUGCUUCAAGUUAAAUUCGCAGUAAAGUCUGUUAGGUACAGAACAAAAAGAAAGGUGUCAUUUUUCACUUCAGUGCUUGUCUAACAGGAAGUAGAGAAUGCAUAUGUAACUUUUCUGUAAUCAAGAGUACCCUGGAUACGAAGAGAAUAUGCUGAAUGACAUCAGACAAAGAAACUGACAAACCCAGGUAAAGCAUCACCAGAUUGAUGGGGAUCCAUUGAGAUAGUUUCCCACCAGUGUUUAUGUUCCUGGAUAUUUGAGAUUACUGAAUGCAGAUCCUUUUUCAAAGAAGAGUCCUGAGAUAAUCAUGUUACCCUCACUGAAGAUGAGGAGGAGGAUGAAGAGUCAGAAGAAGCAUCUCUAAAUUUAUCAGUUGCUUUAGACCAGCUAGACAAUAACACAAACAGACUUUUAUGUCAAACCAUGUAUUCUUUGUCUGACACUAUUGAUAAUGAAGCUGCAGUGCAUGAAACAGUAAAGGAAUGUCCAUUUAGUAACAGCUAAAAAAGCAGCCAUGAGUAAAUUAUCAUGAUUUCGCAUACAAGUAAAACUCGUUUAUGAUAUAGAGACUAAAAUGGACAAGACUGAGCUGUGCAAGGUCCUUAAGUCUAUGGAAGAGGACUGUGAAAAAGGCUCAUCUAAUAUGAAAAGUUCUGACAGAAAAAGAAGCUCUGACACAGAGAUUAACACUAUGAGUCCUGAGGGACUUAAAAUACCAAAGGUUAAUUAUCAGUUGAUGGAAACAUUUGACUUAAGCAGCACUAGUGUAGUGAAAGACAAUGGUGUCAAAGAAUAUUCCUUGUCAUUUUUUGAAGAUGUGGAAAAAGACAAAAUGGUAGAGGAGAAGCAAAGCACCGUAACAUCAGAUAAACUAGUAACAAAUACAUUUGAUUUGGAAACUAAAUUAGAAAAUAUGGCUGAUUUUAGGACAAUGCAUGGAAAUAAUGAAGAAUUUGAAGAAAAUUCAUCAUUACCUGCUGAAGAAUUUGACAGCAUAAAACAUAAUGAAAGUGAGCACAGUAGUGUAGGCACAGAUGACCAGACCACAUAUAACAUUAAUGCAGAAAAUAGUGUAGAACAGAAUUUAGAUUUACAUAAAAUGCUUGAGGAAAAGGAUGCAUACUCUGACUGCUUACCAUCGCCCAGCAGAGAAUUAGAGGGAAUAACUAGUUCUGUGAUUGAAAGUAAUAUUGGACUUUCUAAUAUACUUAUGCCGCACGAGCCUACAUUCAAAAAAGAAAAUGGGAAUGAAGCGGAAUUAGUUAGAAUUAUCAAAGCUAUUGGGAAUAAAUAUGAAGAGUAUUCACAGUCAUUUGAUGCUGGCUUAGAAUCAGAGACGAUUUGUAGGACACAUACUAAUACUGCGAACUCAGAUGCUCCUUCUGUACUUACAGUAGACUCACAAGCUGAAAUUAAUAUGUCCAGCCUGAGUAAAAACAAAGUAUCUGUCGAAGACCAGGAUGGCAAAUGCACUGUAGCAUGUAAUAAAGACUUGGAUAGAAUGUGGAAUGCUGCAGCUGAAUUUGUUACUACUGAAUCAGAGAUGCUCAUGCCACAUAAUUCAAAUUUAGGAACAGAAAUGGAUAAGCCAGAUUAUUUAAGUAAGCUAAGCAGUACUGUUAAGAAAAAGUGUGAAGAAGCCAUAUACGUAAAUGGUAAACAGCUAAACAGAAGACUUGGUGAAACAGCUGAAGUUACUAUAAUAGGUUCAGGUACAGUUACAGCACACAAGGCAGAUACGGAUUGUAAAAAUUUAGAUAUAAACAUGGUGAGUGAAACCAGUGAAGAUAAUGUGAGAAGUUUACCAUUUUCUGACAUGCAGUUCAGAAGUCACAAACUUAAUAACAGAAGUGAUAUUUCUCAUGUGAAUCUGCCAGAUAAAGUGAAUGUAGCAAAUGAAGUUGAGGGAAUGUUCAGUCUUCAAGGAAAAAGUGAAGUUAAAUAUAAAGGCUGUGGAGAACCUUUUCAGUCAUCUAAUGAAAACAGUGAAAUGAGUCAGAAUUUAAAGUCUGAGAGGGAACCUGUCAUUGCAGAAGUUAUCUCAGCACCUGUUGUAGUUUUGCAACACAACAAUAGAAGAUCAUCUGAUUUAAGUAAGCUAAGCGAAACCAAAAAAGAAAAUAGCAUGGACAGCUUGCAGUUAUUUGAUGAAGAGAUUGUGAAAGAACAGUACAUGCCAUUUAAGUCUGCAGCACUACGUUUCUCCGUAAUGAGCACAUUUGAAACAAAAGGCCCACAUUCUUAUUUUCAGAAUGAGGAUAGAAAUGUCCAAAUGCAUAUAGAGACUACAUGUGAGAUGCAGAUGGAUGAUGAACACAGCAGAAUUGAGAAGGACCAGGAAAGCCUACUCCUUUCCAGCCAAAAAUGUUUUGCUUUAGAAAACACUGAAGAUACAGCUGCAUUUUCAUCUGAGGAAUUAGAUGAGGAAAACAAGACUGAGAAAAUGUUUUAUUUAAGCAAGGCUGAUAACAGCAGGGAGGAAAGUCAUGAUGAAAUUGUGUCUGAUGAUCAAGAUCUGGAAACAGAAAAAAGCUCUGUUACAGAAGAUGAUAUUGGGUUACUAGGUGGUUUAAUUGAAGAAGAUGACUUGUUACAAAGAAUGGAACAAAAAUUAAGCAGCAUCAGAAAACAGAUAGCAGAAGAUGAGGAUGAAGAAGACCUGGAAGAUGAAGAAGAUCAUUUAGAAUCAUAUGACCAUGACAGAUAUGUAGACCAGGAUAAUGAAGAUGAUAGUUUUUUAAAAGCUAAAAGUCAUAAUAUAGAUAUUUCACUAGACCCAGAACUUCAACACCUUCUGGACAGACACCUGCUUAAGCAGCAGCUUGGUUCUAUUGAAGAAGAAGAGGAGGAAGGCGAGAGUGAAGACUUAGGAACAUCUGAGGAUUCAGAAGAAACAGACGAUAUUCAUAUCACAGAUCCAUUUAAGGAAACGAUUUACCAGUUAGACACAGUUGUAGAAGAGUGUGAAUCAGGUGACGAAAACAGGCUAUGUGCUGGCAGCAGAGAUGACUUAAACUAUAUAGAGCCUCUUGAUCAAGAUUCAGAAAAUGAAAACCAACCAUGUAAAACCAAACAACAAGAAAUGUGUUUAGAUUAUGUUCCUGGUGUAGAUGUGAUCAGUAACUGUACCAUGAAGACUACAGAUCAAGGUGUAAUAAAUGAAAAGUGUCCUACAAGGAACAUAAAUGAAGAGCAGGUGAAAUAUGUGGAGGGUGAACCAGCUAGAUAUGAAAUAAGUACUUUCACUACCGAAGCUGAUUCCAAUGAAAUUUGCCAGACUCAGAAGUAUGACUCAUGUUGUGAACUUAAAGACUCGACAUAUGAGCUUAGUAGUAUACCAGAUACUCAAGUGGAGAUAUCCAGUUUCCAGUCAGAAGACCAGAAGGAAAGGGGAUCUUCUUCUUAUGAGACUUGCUACACUACUGCAUAUACUCCAGAAUCAAAAUUUCAAAUGUCUGCAGAUGAUCCUUGCAUGAUUUUAGGAGAACAUCAGCUGAAAGAGGAAACAGAGAGCAAUGUUCUCUUGAAAGAAGAGAAUUACACUCCAGAGUGUGUAGACUCACAAACUGUCAGCAGUUUCUUAACUCAGAAACUGCAAACAAGCAAUUCUUGUGAGACUGUUGUCAGUGAGUUAAGCAUUAUAUUAGAUAAUAACAACAGCAGCAGUACUGAUAGUUUAACCCUCAGCAUGGGUAUCACUGAAAUUGAGAAACCUUUUAAAGUAGAUAAGGCUACUUUUGGGUCUAAUCAGAAAAAUAUUUUGACAGAACUUGAAGCACCAUUUCACACUGUGAAAAGAAAUAAGCUUUGUGUGGAUAGCUGGAGAAAUGAUCUAAGAGUAAAUGAAAAAGUUCCUUUUUCUAGCUCUGUGUUGGAGAAAGAACAUGAUGAGCAAAAGAAGGAUGAUUACGAAUUCAGUGAAUUUACCAAACCUAAUGAAAGUCAGCAGAUAGUACCUCAUCGUAACUCAGAAAGUACACUGGAAAUUCACAGGCUCAGCAAAGAAUUAGUACUUACCGAUUCACCAAAGUCAGUUGAGUGUCAAUACUUUCCAGAAGAAGACUGGUCUGUUCCUGCGGCAGAGACAGAUUUUAACAACAGUGUAAAAAAUGAUUCCAUAGACUACAAAUGCAAUGCCUUGGAGGCAUAUGAAGUUCUGGAGAAAGGUGCAUCCUCACAUGAGUAUGAAGUUUUAGAGAAAAGUGCAUCUUCACAAGAAUAUGAUAACACAGGAGUACCAGUGGCAGGACCAUCACCACUGACCGUGUCUGCAGCGCCAUAUUCCACGCAGUUGGAAAGGCCUACAAAUUCAGUGCCAGUGCCAGUGCAGUGGCAGCAGCAAAAGGAAGACUUCUUCAAAAGCACUGCAGUCCAGGAAAUCCCAUGGGCAAGAGAUGAGAAGACAGCAGUAGAUGAGGAGAGAGUAAAAGUGGACACACCAAGGACGUCUCAUUUUCAAGGUGAGAUCCAACAGCCAAACAAGGAGGACACUUUCUGCCAGACUUGCUGUGAUUUGCAGGCCUCACUAACCAAGCUACAAAAUGAAUUGCAGAGCUUGCGGCAGCAGAACUCCUUGCUGGAAAUUGAAGUGAGCAGGUUGAAAAUGGAGCAGUCUGCAUCAAAAGAAAGCUCUGAAGACUGUGUCCAGCCAAAUGUGGAAAGCAGCCAAAGCCAUCAGCCCUCAACCAAGACGAUGGAACAGGAUACUCAGACUGAGGGUCAUCAUUUACAUUAUGAAUAUACCAGCCUGCGCAAAGCUCGAUAUUGUUUUAUUCGACAUGAGAUCCAAAAUAUGAUUGCGGAACUUGUCACCUUCCAGGAAGAGGUCAAGGAGCUGCGUCACCUUACCCAAAAGCCAUCAGGAUUAUGGAAGAGUGCUGCAAAAAUGGGUUUAGUAAUUGCUUCUGGCCUCCUUUUCUUCUGGUGGAUCACUGACCACCUAUCUUGAACUGGCACAGAUGGACACACCCCUCCAUGAGGAGUAAACAAACAACCUUUGACAGUUCAAACUGUGGUAGAAUAUGGACUCCAGAAACUAAAUGCCAUAAGAAUGUCUUUCAGGAUGUAUGUGCUACAGAAGGACUUGUUUUUAUAUGUUAUUUCUUGAGUACACCACAUAGAGAUUAUGUAUACCAUAAAUCUCAACAAGAGUUUUAAUUAUACAAUAAGGGAAGCAUAUUUUUAUAUGUUGUAAUGUACAAGGUACAGGAAUUGCCACCUCAUAAGUGGAUGCAAAAUGUGUUAUUUGUGUUGCAUUGUUGAAUUAUUUUUUAUUUGUGCAUCUGUUUAAAUGUAGCAUUUUCAUAAGUGUUAUGUUUAUAGAUGUUAGUUCUGUUAAUGUCAUUUGCUAGGUAUAGCACAUAGUUAUUGAUGGUACAGUAUGGAAGCUAUUCUUUUGCAUUAUGUCCAGCCUUAAUUGUAUAGACUGUAAUGGAGCAAAAUGUAUUAAUUUGCUCUUUAGUUCUCACCAUUUAAAAUUCCCUGUCCCUUACACAUUUUGAAAAUUAAGAUAUAGCUUCACUUUUAGAACUGGGCAUGUGCACUUAAAAAUUCAUCUUGAAGCAUUUAUGUAUGUUGUUUGUGAUAGGUUGCUAUCAUGUAAGAAAACGUGGCAGCCUGCAAAUUUCUUACCUGUACUUUGAAGGCAUACAGACUACAUGUGAAGGAGACUGUCACAUACUUGACUGAAUGCUGCUGUGUUGUGCUAUUCUGUCUUGUUACUCAUUGACUGUCAAUAUUUUAAACCUCUGUGGAUUGCCGCUGUGUGUAUGGUACAUAAAAUGGUACAUGGGACAGAAUGAAUUCUGCUACAGUGGUACUUGUUGUAAUAUAUAGUUUACCAAGUACCCAUUUUAUUUUAUUUUAUUUGUGUUUUAAUAGCUGGGUUUGUGGUCCCAUUUUCAUUGGAGAUCCAUGGAGAAAAUCUCCAAGUAAUAAAGAACAAACACAUUAUAUGAGAAAAUGACAACAUAACUGAUAUGUUUACAAUAAUUAAUUUUAGUAGAUAUGCACAUUAAUGCUGUAGUGAUUGAGUAAGGGACAGCAGUCUGGAGGCAGUAGUUACAUUAUUUUAUGUGAUACUCCCAGAUUUAAAAGUUAGUUAUAGUACAGUAAAAGAAUAAUAUAUUGAAGUAAGUAAUAGUAUCAGUAAUCACUGUCCUGUACUGUCUUGUACUACAAAUGCUUGUGUUGUACAGAAUAUUGUAUACUGUCUAUUAUCUUAUACUGUCUCGUACUACCAAUAACUCAACCUGUAUGAAAAGGAAGUACAAUGUAUAUUUAUGUAUUUGGAACUGUUUAAUUUUUACAUGUGUAUUGCUAUAAUAUUCAAAAAGGUAUUAGAAAUGUCUCAUGACAGGCGAUCUAUCCCAAAAUUACAUAAUGUUGGAUGACUCUUAACAAAUCUCAAACUAAAUAAGUUCAAAACAAUAUUCUUUAUACUCUCUGUAUACCAGUGGGUGGUAAUAUCUCAACUACAGAAGACAUACUGUGCUGGCUAACUAACAUCAAACUAGAAACCAUAAUAAUGGGUGAUCUUAAUAUUGACUUCACACACUGUACCUCAGAAAAGGGGUACCACUCAUAAAUCUCUGUAGUUUUACGCAAGUUAUUAAUAUACCAACCAAAGUGAACAAACCUAGUAGCAAGCAAUCCAUUCUGGACUGGAUCUCAGCCAGUAAACUGAACAACAUAACAGGCUGUAGGUGCCUACCUGACAUCACUAGUGACUAUCCUCCUACCUUCACUCUCAGACAUGCUCUCAACUAAACAAAUAAAGUAACAAAAAAUACUCCAAAAGUCAAAGUAAAAACAACACAGAAUGUCCCCAAAGUAAUCUUGAAGCAAGUACAUAAUGUCUCUAAUUUCACUGAAAGCACUUUCAUUGACAGUGUAAAACAAUGUGACUGGAGAUCAAUAAAAACAAUGCCCUAGAUCUGGCAGUUUCUUAUUCUAAUAACACAGUAUUAGACAUACUUAAUUAACCAUCAUGCCCCACUAAGAACCAAAAAUGUUAGAUCAAACACUGUCUUUUGACUCAUAAAAGACACCAAAAUCUUCAUGAUAACCAAGGAUAAAGCUUGAUGUCAAUGGCGAAACAUGAAAUUCAACACUCACUUUACUUCAGGCAGAUUAGAAGCCUAACCAAAAAACAAAUCAAAUCAUUUAGAAAAGUUUACUUCACAAGCCCAUAGCUAAAACACAAAAAUAAUCCUAAACUCUUCUGGAAAUCCAUAAACAGCUUAUUACAACCUGGCGACCCUACUGUUCCUGCACCCUCAAACAGCUUAGAUAAUAUAGCCAACUAGAUUAACUUUUACUUUAUCCAUACCAUCCUCUAACUACUUAAAAACAGUCAUCAGUCAACACUCACAAUUCCACAACUAUCUCACAACUCUGAAAACAUGUUUAACUUUCAACCUGUCCUUACUGCUUUAAUAAAAAAACACUUAUUAAAACAUGAAGCCAACAAAUAUAGCAGCUGACAGUCUCCCAUCAGAAUAUCUAAAAAUUGCUGCUGAUGUUGUAGCACAUCCCAUCUCUAUCCUGAUAAAUCGCUCAAUUUAACAAAAUAUAGUUCCAACCUUAUGGAAAAAAAUAUCUCAUAAUAUCAUUUCAUAAAGGUGGCAUAUUCACUAACUACCUCCCAUUCUCCUGUCCUAUCUCAACUCUCUAGAAUACUGGAAAAAUGUAUUCACUCACAACUCUCAAAAUACCUCGUAACUCAUAACCAUAUAUUUUAAUACCCAGCAUGGUUUCAGCCCACAACAUAACAAACCACAUCCCUACUAAACUUUACUAAUAAUCUGAUAUCCUAAAUUAAGACGGAAACAAAGGUAACACUGUCACAUCAGUUAAUACUAACGAGACUCUCUACCCUUCACCUUUCCAGUCAGCUCCAACCAGAUUCCAUAGCCACUAAUCUGACCGACAACAAGUCAUACAAUAGAAACGGACCACUCACCAAAAGAAAGAUAAAUCCAAACAACAGCCACAGAUAAAAAUAAAUGAAUUUAUUAACUUCUCAACCCUCUAGUGCCUCGGCAAAAAGCCUUCAAGAAGUGAACACACAAUAAAAAAAAAUAUAUAUAUAUAUAUAUUCUAAAACUUGUUAAACAAUUUUUUUCAAAUCAAUUAAUUAAUUAAUUAAUUAAAUGCUUCCAAUUGCACUCAAUAUUCAAUCCACUUGGUACUAAUGUAUUGUAUUUUAAAAUAUAUACAGAUUCAUUAUGGAGUAAUUUAUCCGUAAGGGGUCCUUUCACUCACAUUGACAAUUAUUUGUUCCAAAAUACUCCCCUUUAAACACUUUGGAUCACUUUCAUGAAACUUUUUAAAAUGCAUACCCAGAGGACUUUCAACACAUGCAUUUCUAAUAUGCCUAACAUGUUCUUGCAGUCUUACUUUAACAUACCUCUGGCUUUCCCCUAUGUAAAACAACUCACAUGGACAUUUUAAAAUAUAAAUUACUCUUUUUGUGUUACAAAAAAUUCCCCUGAGGGGUAAAAUAAAAACAGGACUGCACAGUUUUCUUCCCAGUAUCAAUUGCAGUUUCACAAGGAUCUACUUUGGCCCCCUUCUUAUUCAGUAUAUCCAACAAAAUGGCAAAACUGGUUCAGUAUGUAGACAACCUCACCCUUCUGUGAUGAACACCAGACACUGGCAAAAUAUUUAAGAAUGCUCAGGUAUCCUUCACAUCCAUAGCAACAUGGCUACAAAACCACAACCUCCUCCUUAAUCCCCUACCCAAAAAUAAGCUGUUAUUCACCCCUAAUCACUUCACAACCCUAAAAAAAUCAUUACACAUUACUACUAGCAAAAAUGUAGUUCUUGAAAUAGUACCACAUAGCAAGUUACUAGGUAUCACAAUAGAUAACAGCUUGAGAUAUGAUCACCAUAUUGCCCACACAAUCAAUAAAAACACAUCACAUACUUGGCUUUCUUUACAUAACCACACCUUGCAUCAGUAACAGGGCAAGAAGAUCAGUAGCAAUAGCUUAUCUCCUGUCAACCCUCCUCAGUGCUUCACCUGUUCUCACAAACCUAAAUAUAACCACAAAAAAACAAAAUUUUCAGACUCUUAUAACAAAGUUGUAUGCUUCACUGACUUGUACCACUGUGCUAUGCUCAAACAAUUUAACUGGUUGGAGCUGCCUCUCCACCUUAACUACACUGAACUGACGACCGCCCACGCCUUAGUAUAUAAACCAGGCAACUGCCUAGCUCUAAAAUGCAAAAUACAAAUUUCAAAUAUACAAACCAAAAAUGAACUUACUCUUCACUGAUAAAUUUGAUACAGACUACUAAAUCUCUAAACUCAACCAGUAACUCUUAUACUCUUAACUAUGUAGCCAAGCGAUGUAACUCGAUUCAGUUGCAAAUCAAACAUACAGAAAACCCAUCAAAAUUCUGAUGAAGGAUCACUUAAUUAAAUCUUGUAUCUGUUCCUGACACGGUCCAGAUUAACCAAUUCAACCUCCAUGACUUUUAAUCCUUAACUCCUUCUCUAUGGAGCUAAUUCUCACCAUGUUAGAAUAAUAUAUGUAUGUGUAUGCCUACAGUAAUACUACUGUGCAAUUGUUUCAGAAGCCAUUGAGAACACAUAUAUUAAUAUUGUGGUGAUUUAAUACUAUAAAAUCAAUUUCAAAAUUUUAAAUGUCACAUCAAUGUCACUUUGUCAGAGCAGUGUAUACUAUUGAUUAACAUCUUGCAAACUCUUGAUUAUAUUGAACCUAAUAUGCAUGUAAUUUUACUAAUGUUGAUUAUUUUUCCCUGGGCCUCUGAUGAAAAGGAUAAUGUUUUCUUCCCAGUUGGACUCUCAUGGUAAACAAAUGCAAAUAAAUAAUACAUAAAUACA